GCGCGCCAGGCGCGUCUCCGGCCAGGCGCGUCUUGGAGGUGGCAGGCAGGCAGGCGCCGCGUCUGCUGCCUCCUCGGCGGAGGGAUGGAGGCUGCUGUGCUGAAGCCCCUGGUGGCCGAGGUGAAGCCGGGCGCCGUCAGCGCCGAGCUGGAGGUGAAGAAGCUGCAGGAGCUGGUGCGCAAGCUGGAGAAGCAGAACGAGCAGCUGCGCAGCCGGGCGGCCGCCACCUCGCCCGCCUCGCCGGGAAGCGCCGCCGCCGCCGCCGCCGCCGCGCUCCUGCUGCUCCCCGCCGCCACCCCCAGCACCUCCCCGACGGCCUGCAUGCCCAGCCCGGUGCCCGCGCUCCUGUGCCAAGCCGAGCCCUUCGUCUACUUCAAGCCCUCGCCCCCCGGAGGAGAAGGAGGAGGAGGAGGAAGCUGCCGCCCCGGAGGCCACGAAGCCUCUCCCCCUACGGACACCGUCCUGGAUGAAGUGGAGGUGCUGGAUCUGCAGGGGGUCGAGUGCUGCCAUCCGGAGGACGACGACGACGACGAGACGUGGUUGUAUGUUGCACCAACAAAGAGCAUCGUACCCCAAGAAAAAUCACUGACCCCUUUGCAGUGGUGUCGCCAUGUUCUAGAUAAUCCAAGCCCUGAGAUGGAAGCUGCAAAACGCUCUCUCUGCUUCAGGUUGGAACAAGCUAGUCGAUGGCGGAGUCUCUUCUCUACGUCUGUCUCCUUGGCUUUCCCCUAUAGCCCUGUUGCAAGGCUCACUCCGUAUAGCAAUGGCUUUAACACUCCUGCCUUCUCUAAAACCUUCAACAAAGCAAUAUUAACACCUGAAAGAACAGGUUGUGUUUCUAGAAGUUCCCCUCUCAGCCCCCAGUCAUCCAUAGACAGUGAACUGAGCACCUCAGAACUAGAAGACGAUUCCAUCUCCAUGGGAUAUAAACUGCAAGACCUCACAGACGUCCAGAUCAUGGCUCGACUGCAAGAAGAGAGUCUGAGACAAGAUUAUGCGUCUACUUCAGCAUCCGUAUCGAGAAACAGCUCCAGCGUCUCUCUCCAUUCGAGCAAGAAAGGGACAAGCAGCGACCAGGAAUUUGAUCGCUACAGCCUUGAGGACGAAGAGGAAGAAUUCGACCACCUGCCCCCUCCGCAGCCUCGGUUGACCCGCUGCUCCCCUUUCCAAAGAGGAAUUCCCCAUUCACAGACUUUUUCCAGUAUACGGGACUGCAGGAGAAGCCCGACUUCCCCAUAUUUCCCCUCAAACAAUUAUCCGCAGCAACAGUGUUACUCUCCUCAAGCCCAAAAUCCUCUUGAGCCACAACCAAACAGGAUUAAUGGAGACAAGCUCCGAAGGAGCAUGCCAAACUUGGCUCGGAUGCCCAGCACCCCAACCCUCAGUUCCAAUGUUGGCCCUGCCAUCACUGUGAGGAACAGCCUAAGCUUUGAUUCUAAUCUGCAUGGAGCUGGCAAUGGGAUAUCAAGAAUACAGUCCUGCAUUCCUUCUCCAGGGCAACUUCAACACAGAGUUCACAGUGUGGGACACUUUCCAAUAUCUGUUCGGCAGCCUCUCAAAGCCACAGCCUAUGUCAGCCCGACCGUUCAAGGGAGCAGCAGCAGCGGCAGCAGCGGUGGUGGUGCUCCGUUGUCCAGCAACUUACAGCUACACUCCAACACAGGCAUCCCGAUGCCAAACAAGACUGCAAACGCCAGCAUUGCAGCUCGCAGCGGCCUCCCAAGGCCUUCCCUGGCUAUAGGGGGGAGCAGCAUACCCAGAAGCAAAAUUGCACAGCCAAUCCGAAGUUUUCUCCAGCCGCCAAAACCUCUUUCUUCGCUUAGUACUCUACGGGACGGCAACUGGAGGGAUGGCUGCUAUUGACAGUGGGUCGAGCCGAAAGACAGAUUCUCCUACCCAGCUGGCUGGGUAAAUAUAACUGUGAGAGGCUGGGUGAAUAACACAGGGCUGUUUCUUACUCUUCUGUCAUUGUCGUUGGUCACUAAACAUAUUACACUUAGUUGUUUGCUCAGAAAAACAAACAAACAGCAGUGUUGUCAAAUUAACGUUGCAGCAUUAUGGUUUAGGUUUUUAAAAACACAUGCAUAAAGUAUCCCACUGGGGGGAGCCAAAAUGUGACUUCUGGGUGCUUUGCCAUAACAGUGUUCAGAUCUCUUUGAUUUGUGUACUACUUUUUGUUGCUUUAACGAGUUCCCUUGCAAAUUGGCAAAAUAGAUCUAUAUCCUGACCUCCUGCUUCUUUUGUAGCCUUUCCAAGCGAGUGUAUUUUUGCACACACACCCCCACAUUUUGCUUGAA